AUGUAUUACGACGCUGCCAGACAAGCGCUUGAUCGUCUCUACCGAGCACUCGAUGAUGUCCCUGGAAUCGACGAUCAAUACUAUCGACCCCUUGGCUAUACAGUCUACCGCACCUACUACAGCCCAGAGACAGAUAUCUUAUGGGAUAAGCUGAUCGCAGACCUGGAGCUGAUGAUGAAAGAAUCCAUUGAAGAGACCUUUGGAUUUGAAGAUGAGGGUAUUAUUACUAAUGGCGAAGUCGAAGCUACUCGAAAAUUGAAAUGUCUUGUUCAUCUCGACGCUCUAUCGGAUCCGGUACUCCUUGAUGGUUGUGACGAUGAGCAGCUACGACAAAUCUUCUUGGAUACGAAAAAGAAUGAUCCUAUACAUGGAGUUCCUGGCAGACAUCGAGUUUUCCUAGUCGUGGAUUCUACAGUUUUUGAAAAGCUUGAUUGUGAAAUGCCCUGGAUACGAGCAGUGGAGAUAGAUUAUGAGGCGGAAAGAUAUGAAGAUUGGAGAAACCCUCGAUUUGCAAAUCAACCACAGCGCUACUGGGGAUGGAUGAAGUUAUCUUUGGAGAGUUUAUUUGAGUUGUGA